CGUAGGGAUUUUUUUUUGGAAGUACUUUGACUUGCGCACUAGCUGCCAGGGUGUAGUCGGAUAUAGUUCCAUUUCUCCAAAAGUUUUUUUUCCCAUGGCGGUGGUUACUAAGCACCAAUAAAGUGAAGGUCUGCACGAGAGAAGUCGCGAGGAGAUUUACUUAAGCCACAGCUAUUGCUUUUCUGGAGGUGACGCGAUUACCACCAUUUUCCGCAUGAGUUUAUUUAUUAAACCACAAACUCGGUAGCUGGCGAGUUACCGCAAACUUUUUAAAGACGGCGAGGAUUUUAAGGGAUAAAGACAGUGACGGUAGCUACGUGAGGUCGCAUAAACUAAAGGACACAAUGCCGCUUUUUAGUUAUUUGUUAUUAUGGACUUUGUGGGCAGCGUGUAGUCAUGGAGCGAUGGAUGAAUGUAUAGACGAGUCCAAUCGGCCUCAGCGCUGCAUGCCAGAGUUUGUUAACGCCGCUUUUAAUGUAACCGUGGUGUCCACCAACACUUGCGGUUCGCCGCCUGAAGAAUACUGUGUACAGACCGGGGUUACUGGAGUCACUAAAUCAUGCCACAUUUGCGAUGCCGGGGACCCCAGACAGCACCACAGUGCUGUUUAUCUCACCGAUUACAACAACCAAGCGGAUACCACCUGGUGGCAAAGUCAGACUAUGCUAGCGGGCAUCCAGUACCCGAACGUUAUCAACCUGACCCUUCACCUGGGCAAGGCUUUCGACAUCACCUAUGUGCGUCUGAAGUUCCACACCAGCCGUCCUGAGAGCUUUGCCAUCUACAAGCGCACCAGUGAGGACGGGCCAUGGGUUCCCUACCAGUACUACAGCGGCUCCUGCGAGAAGACCUACAGCAAGACCAACCGCGGCUUUAUCCGCACGAGCGAAGACGAGCAGCAGGCUCUGUGCACAGAUGAGUUCAGCGACAUCUCACCCCUCACCGGAGGAAACGUGGCCUUUUCCACGCUCGAGGGCCGACCCAGCGCAUAUAACUUCGACAACAGCCCUGUACUGCAGGAUUGGGUGACUGCCACAGACAUCAGAGUGAGCCUGAACAGAUUAAACACUUUCGGAGAUGAAGUUUUCAAUGAUCCCAAAGUUCUCAAAUCCUACUACUACGCUAUCUCAGACUUUGCUGUAGGAGGAAGGUGCAAGUGUAAUGGCCAUGCCAGCGAGUGCGUAAAGAACGAGCGCAGGAAGCUGGUUUGUAACUGCAAACACAACACAGAGGGAGCAGACUGCGGCAAGUGCAAGCCCUUCUACAAUGACCGUCCCUGGAGAAGAGCCACCGCUGAAAGCCCCAACGAGUGUCUGCCAUGUAAUUGUAACGGAAAGAGCGCGGAAUGUUACUUCGACCCCGAGCUGUAUCGUGCCACUGGACAUGGAGGUCACUGCCGCAACUGUGCCGACAAUACAGAUGGACCAAACUGUGAGCGAUGCUUGGACAACUACUACAGAGAUCCUUCUGGCCAGCGCUGUCUUUCCUGCAGCUGCAACCCUAUCGGUUCUCUCAGUACUCAGUGUGACAACACUGGCAGGUGUAGCUGUAAGCCGGGAGUGAUGGGAGAUAAGUGUGACAGAUGCCAGCCUGGGUACCACACACUGACUGAGGCAGGCUGCAGACCCUGCUCUUGUAAUCCGUCUGGAAGCACUCAGGAGUGUGAUGUCCAGACUGGACGCUGCCAGUGCAAGGAAAAUGUGGAUGGAUUCAACUGUGACAGGUGUAAACUGGGCUACUUCAAUAUGGACCCCCAAAAUCCUCAGGGAUGUACUCCGUGCUUCUGCUUCCAGCAUUCCACUGUGUGUGACAGCGCCGAGGGCUACAGCGUGCACAAAAUCACUUCCAACUUCGACAGGGACGAUGAGGGCUGGAAAGGACAGCAGAGAGAUGGUUCCGGCGUUCUCGUGCAGUGGUCACCCAGCUCUCGAGAGAUCUCGCUCAUCUCAGAAGACUACUUACCCAUCUACUUUGUGGCUCCAGAGAAAUUUCUUGGUAAUCAGCUGCUGAGCUAUGGUCAGAAUCUCACGCUGAACUUCAGGAUUCAGAGACAUGAUGCUAGACUGUCAGCGGAGGAUGUUGUGCUGGAGGGGGCGGGGCUUCAUGUUGCUGUGCCACUUAUUGCCCAGGGCAAUUCCUACCCAGGAGAGGAGACACAAACUUUUGUGUUCAGACUCCAUGACACCGCUGACUACCCUUGGAGACCUACAAUGAAACAUGCUGACUUCCAGAAACUUCUGCACAAUCUGACUUCUGUUAUGAUUCGUGGAACCUACAGUGCCAAAAGUGCUGGUUAUUUAGACAACGUUUCCCUUGUGACCGCCCGCCGUGGCGCUGGAACUCCAGCUCGUUGGGUUGAGAAGUGUACGUGUCCUCAGGGUUACUUGGGGCAGCAUUGUGAGAAGUGUGAUCUGGGAUAUAGGAGGAGCCAACCUAAGCUGGGCCAUUUUAGCCCUUGCGAGCCAUGCAACUGCAACAGACACAGUGACACCUGUGACCCUGUGACAGGAAUGUGUAACUGCCAGCACAACACAGCCGGCAUGAGCUGCGAGAGGUGUAAGGAUGGAUACUAUGGUGACGCUACGGUCGGCUCUUCUUCAGACUGUAAACUCUGUCCCUGCCCAGAGGGUGCCACGUGUGCUGUGGUGCCCAAGACCAAAGAGGUGGUCUGUACAAACUGCCCAACUGGAACCACAGGUAAACGAUGUGAACUAUGUGACGACGGCUUCUUUGGGGACCCUCUUGGUGAAAAAGGGCGAUCCACACCAUGCCAGGCCUGCAAUUGCAAUAACAACAUCGACCCCAACGCUGUGGGCAACUGUAACCGAGAGACGGGCGAAUGCCUCAAGUGCAUCUACAACACCGCCGGCUCCUUCUGUGACCGUUGCAAAGAGGGUUUCUAUGGCGAUGCCCGUGCCACAAAUGUAGCUGAUAAAUGCAAAUCGUGCUCGUGUUCUCCAUACGGUACAGUAGACGGGCAGACGACCUGCUCUCAGGUGACGGGCCAGUGUCAGUGUCUUCCACAUGUCAUUAACAGAGACUGUGGUGCAUGCGAGCCCGGAUUCUACAACCUACAGAGCGGCAAAGGCUGUGAAAGAUGCAACUGCAACCCUAUUGGCUCCACAAAUGGCCAGUGUGAUAUCGGAAGUGGCCAAUGUGAGUGUCAGCCUGGGGUCACAGGUCAACAAUGCGAGCGCUGCGAGGUCAACUUCUUUGGAUUCAGUUCGUCGGGUUGCAAACCUUGUGACUGUGACCCAGAAGGCUCUCAGUCCGCACAGUGCAAAGAAGAUGGCCGUUGUCAGUGUCACCCAGGCUUUGUGGGAAGUCGCUGCGACAUGUGUGAGGAGAACUACUUCUACAACCGCUCCACUCCAGGCUGCCAGCAAUGUCCCAACUGUUACAGCCUGGUCAGAGACAAGGUGAACCAGCAGAGACAGAAGCUUCUUGAUCUUCAGAAUUUGAUCGAUAAUCUGGACAACAGUGAGAAUACAGUGAGCGACAAGGCCUUUGAAGACAGACUUAAGGAGGCAGAGAAAACAAUAAUGGACUUACUGGACGAGGCUCAGGCUAGCAAAGAAGUUGAUAAAGGUCUUUUGGACCGUCUAAACAACAUCAACAAAACCCUGAACAACCAGUGGAACAGACUGCAGAACAUCAAGAACACGGUGGACAACACGGGAACACAGGCAGAUAGAGCACGUAACCGAGUCCGUGAUGCAGAGAACCUGAUCAACACUGCUAGAGAGGAGCUGGACAAAGCCAAAGAGGCCAUCAGUAAAGUGGACAUUAAAAUACCCACAAGCUCUGGAGAUCCAAAUAAUAUGACACUUCUGGCAGAGGAAGCCCGUAAACUGUCUGAAAAACAUAAAGCAGAUGCCGAUCAGAUUGAAAAGAUUGCAAAGGAUGCAAAUGACACUUCCACGAAGGCUUAUAAUAUGUUAAAGAAGGCGCUCGAUGGUGAAAACAAGACAAGCAGCGACAUUGACGAUCUCAACAGGAAAUAUAUUGAAGCAAAAGAGCUGGCCAAGAAUCUGGAGAAACAAGCUGCUAAAGUACAUGCUGAAGCCGAAGAGGCAGGAAACAAAGCUCUGAAGAUAUAUGCUAACCUGACUAGCUUGCCUACAGUCGACACCAAAACUUUAGAGGACGAGGCCAAUAAGAUUAAGAAGGAGGCAUCAGACCUGGACAAACUGAUAGACAAGACCGAGAAGGAGUACAACGACCUGAGAGAGGACCUGAGGGGCAAAGAGACAGAGGUCCGCAAACUACUGGACAAAGGAAAGACUGAGCAACAGACGGCUGAUCAGUUGUUGGCACGGGCAGAUGCAGCAAAAGCUUUGGCUGAGGAGGCAGCAAAAAAAGGCAAAUCUACCUUCCAAGAGGCCCAGGACAUAUUGACCAACCUCAGAGAUUUCGACAAGAGAGUGAAUGACAACAAAACUGCUGCUGAGGAUGCCAUGAGGCGAAUCCCAGAAAUCAAUGCGACAAUCAAUGAAGCCAAUGAGAAGACCCGAAGAGCAGAGGCGGCUUUAGGCAACGCUGCCGCAGAUGCUAAAGAAGCUAAGGCAAAGGCAGAUGAAGCGGAGAAAAUUGCUAACGAUGUACAGAAGGGUUCGGCAAAGACUAAGACGGAUGCAGAAAAAGCUUUUGAGGACACCAUGAAACUGGAUGGAGAGGUGAACAAUAUGAUGGACCAGCUCACCGCUGCUGAGAAAGAGCUAGAGAAGAAGAAAGCAGAGGCGGAUGCUGACAUGAUGAUGGCAUCCAUGGCGUCUGACAAUGCUAAAGAAGCUGAGGGUAAUGCCAGAAAAGCCAAAAAUGCUGUCAGGACGGUGCUGAGCACAAUCAAUGAAUUAUUAAGCCAGCUCGGCAACAUCGAUAAGGUGGAUCUGAGCAAGCUGAAUCAGAUCGAUAACGCCUUAAAAGACGCCAAGGACAAGAUGGCAGGAAGUGAGCUGGACAGGAAGCUAAAGGAGCUGAAUGACGUCGCCAAGAGCCAGGAGGACAUGAUCAGCGACUACGACCGCCAGAUCCGAGAGAUCCGAGCGGACAUCGCUAACCUCAACGACAUCAAGAACACUCUGCCGGAAGGCUGCUUCAACACUCCGUCUCUAGAGCGGCCUUAACCUCCACGCCACACGCUACACUCCCUGUGUUCUUCAGUGUCCUCAUCAGACAACACCCUCAACCAAAACAGGCUAUUUCCUUUCAAAAUCUCUUAUUUGCAUUUGAUUUAUUAGGUUAUUUGUUUGUGUUUCUACACGUUUCUUCGAGAUCAUGUUUUACAAACAGAAGACAAAAGCAGCUUUUUUUUUUUUUUUUUUUUUUUGAUACGUGAAGAGAACUCCAAGCAAUGGCGCUCACCAGCCGUGUGUGUGUGCGUGUGUGUUUGUGUGUGUGUGCGUGCGUAUUUGUGUUUGUGUGCUUUUAGAGACCUUAAACCCACAUGACUGCACCACCUCCAGCUCUUCCUCUCAAACCUCUCUGAUCUUUACCACAGAAUCAGAAUUAUAUGACUCAAUCAGAAGCCUAGACGUUUGUCAGGGGAAGUUCGCUACUUAAGCUAGUGUAUAUCAUCAUCGGUAACGCUCAAAGCUAUAACAGUGAAGGAAUCUUAAUUUGUUCGUAAUGCGCAUCUGCUUUCGCCCCUCGUGCUAGAUUUGGUACUGAUAAAGUGUUUCGUACACGUUAAAACAGUAUUUCAGCUCGUGUAUAUAUAAAUUGUUCAGUACUAGAAGUCCCUGCAUGGCUCUGCUGAUUUCUUACAUUUCAUGGUUGAGACAUUUUGUGUUCAUUUUUUUUUUUAUUUUUGUCAGACGCUGCUGCUUAUUACAGGUGUCCUGCGAAUCACAUUAACAUGAGCAAAACUCAACACUAUGCAACUUUGUACAUUGGCGUAGCAAGACUUUUAUCUGAAUACACUGGUGCUAAUAAUUAUUUCAAAUGUUAUAUUUUUGUGUGAAUGUUUUUUUUUUUUCUCCUUUUUUUAUUAUAAUAUAGAGUUGAGGAAUUGUUAUUUGUGUAAAUAUGCGUAAAUGAUUCAGGAACGGCUGAUUUUAAACCCAAGAUCUAAACAGCCACCUCAUCGGUUCCUUCAUCAGAAAAAAACAAAAAUCAGCCAAAACUUCUGCAUAAUAUAUAUAUAUAUAUAAUAUGUUCUGUGGUAUAAUACGCUUGCCUGUAUACAUGGCUCAGUGUUGCAUCAUAGCUCUAUCAUUUAUUUUAUUUGUGGUUCAUUUUCAGCGGAUGGUGAUGCGUAAUGUCUUGACCCUUUAACUUGUACAUCCCCCAAUCAUGUCUGAACAUCCACACGUCUCUAACAUUUCAUAUUUAUCGGAAUGAUUUGCUUUACUUGAGAUGGUAAGCUUAAUCACGUGUUGCUAGUUAACCAUCUAUUUUAGUGCCUAAACUUUUGGACAUAAUCCUCUAAAUGUGGACGUUGCAUUUUAAGUUAGAGGUCUUUCAAAUGAUGUCCAAAUGAUGAUUUUAGUACAUUUCACUGUUUGUUUCUUACUGUUACCGUAUCCGUAGUUCCUUCAGUUACAGUCUUACUCUGACAGGUUCGCUGAGUUUAGCAGUUCCUCGGCCGAUAAUGUCACGUCGAGAUUCAACUAUGGAAAGUGCCACUAUUGAACAUCAGACAUAUUAUUAUAGACCUCCCCACUGCGGACAUAAGUGCAACACGUACACGUUUAUGUAUAAACAGUAUUUUUAAUUUAUAAUGUAUCAAGUAUUUGUGAUCUGUUGUUCUACAGUUAGAGUAUGUGUUUGCUGCACAAGUCUUUGUGAUCCUUUGGUUCUAGAGAGUGUAAUGGUUUUUAAAGACUCCCUUCCCUCUGUUUUAAUCAAGGUAUUCAUAAACACACUCCCAGGACCUCACACACCUCUGCUUGUUACCCAGUUGCCUGUAAAUUCGAGCGUAACAUUUGAAUAAUAAACAGUGGUUAUUACAGGA